UGUGCCCCUGGGCAGUGUCUUUUUAGCCAGUGGUCUGAAGGGUUCUGCUUGCUGGACAGGCAGCUAAAGCAUCAGCCGAAGUAGAAAACCCUGAGCCCAUUCUCAGGAGACCUAGGUUUGCUGUAGAAGGAUAUGCAUCUCCAAAAGUCAACUUCAGGAUGCACUAAACUGACAAGAUUUAAAAUAAUUGUGCUUAAGCUGGGAGUGUUAGGUAACACCAAAGACAGUUAUUAAUAUAUACACAAACUAAAAUUAACGCUGUAAGCAGGAAGGAAUCAAAAUUAAUUAAAAUGUCUUCCAGCAAACCUCCAAAUGAAAAUGAAACACCCAAAGAGAGAAGCCCAGGACUGAGGAGUGUUCGAACAACUAUGCUCUUCCGAGCUGUGAACCCAGAGCUUUUCAUUAGACCUAACAAACCCGUGAUGGCAUUUGGGCUCAUAGCAAUUACCCUCUGUGUGGCCUACCUUGGUUAUUGGCGUGCAACAGUAGAGAAUAAAAAGGACCUCUAUGAAGCCAUCGACAGUGAGGGGUCCAGGUAUAUGAGGAGAAAAACUUCCAAGUGGGACUGAGAACGUAAGGAAUGAACUCAGCGAAUCAGUCGCAGAACUUUUCAAGGCAACUGCUAUUUUUUGUUCUGUCCAUGGAAAUAGUGGAUAAAUGUCUAUCUUCUAUUUGAUCCAAUUUAAUUUGGAUCAAAUUUAAUCCAUUUAUAUCAUGUUGUGCCUGUACAAAUAAAUUACGAUCAAGAUACAUGUGAACAUGAAAGUGAUUUUAAGAACUGUUUUCUACAAUCCCCACAGUAUAUCGGAAGAUACGAAAUUACCUCAGACAUGCAGUCAAGAUUGGAAAUGCCUUAGAAAACUACAUGAUAGUUCAGAUCACUUCUCUCUUUAUUUUGAUUAAAUGAAAACAGGGGUUUGUCUUUUAUUUUUUUAAACAGCGUAAUGUAUCGUGUAUAGAAAAAUUUGAUCUCUUGAAUAUUGAUAAUUAACACUGGUGCAAGUAAAAUUAUUUUAAGGCAAGAAGGAUCUGAUAAUGCAGUCAUUGAAGGGUUUAUUUAAUAAAUGAAUUUAUAAAAUGCUGGCCAAAACAGUC